AUGUGCAUUCACAGUGCAGAUUCGCAAUUCGAGAUUAUGGAGGCCCACCGGGCGACUCCACAUCCUUUGCGCCACUCCACUUCAAACACUACUGAGGCGAGAAGAAUUGUUUUCGACAAUUUCCGUCGCUGCGCGGUCAUUGUUACUGACUCUUGUCACAGUCACAUUUUUGUCAAUGUGGUAAUCGCAAGGAAACAUGUGUAA